AUGCCCAAGGUCCGCCUGCACUCGUGCUUCUCCGCUUCUGGACAGGGGAACCGAGGGCGAUUUAAGACUCACCAGGCUGACGUUGAUAUGGGCCUGAGAGCCCAAGAUUUACGGCCAAAGUACAAAGGCUGGCGUGGCCGCUACGGGACUCGGAAAAGAGCCAUUCUGUGGUGUCCUGUGAAGCGGGAUUUCGCAGGGUGGCUCAGGAUGCUGUGGCACGAUGCUUCGUACUGGGUUUGGAAAGUCCUCCGAACAACUGUGCCUCCUGGCGCCCGGACAGGAGAAAAGGACCAUCUCGACACAAGUUAA